AUGUCCCGCCUUCACGCCCGCGGGAAGGACCGCCGGUAUCCACCGCCUUCAUCAUCCGCGACCGAAGCCCCAUGGACGCCCAAGCAUGUUGCCUCCAGCCCAAGCCGCGAGGACACACAGGGAUCCAGAACACCGUCGCAUGCCACCCACCAGCAAGCACCCAGACGGGCCCAUUCCCUUGCCUCACGCCACGUCGGAGCCUCGGCGACAGAUCCGGAUGGAAGGAGGGAGAGGGGUGGGGGGUUUCUACCUUUAAUCUUCCGCUACGGGUUGUCCAGUCGCAUGGGGAGAGUGACUGGUCCAACUAGGCCGUCAGUGAUAAACGUCAACGCUGACGAUUUGGACGUGAUGAAGGAGAGAUUUGCGAAGCUGCUGCUUGGAGAGGACAUGUCAGGGACCGGGAAAGGCGUGCCGUCGGCUCUAGCGCUGUCCAACGCCAUCACCAACCUGGCCGCGUCCGUCUUUGGGGAGCACCGCAAGCUGGAACCCAUGGCGCCGGACACCAAGGAGCGGUGGAAGAAGGAGGUCGGCUGGUUGCUGUCCGUCACCGACCACAUCGUCGAGUUUGUCCCGACAAGACAGACCGCCGAGAACGGCACUACCAUGGAGAUCAUGUCGACAGCGCAGCGUCGCGACCUGCAGAUGAAUAUCCCCGCUCUGCGCAAGCUAGACGCCAUGCUGAUUGGUUACAUGGACAACUUCGUGGACCAGACCGAGUUCUGGUACGAGAAGGGCGGCGACAACAAGCGCGACGACGACAAGUGGUGGAUGCCGACGGUGAAGGUGCCGGCGGAGGGCCUGUCGGAUGUGACCCGCAAGUGGCUGCAGUACCAGAAGGAGUGCGUGAACCAGGUGCUCAAGGCCGCCAUGGCCAUCAACGCGCAGGUGCUGGUGGAGAUGGAGAUCCCAGAGAUCUACAUCGAGUCGCUCCCCAAGAAGGGCAAGACGAGCCUGGGCGACGCCAUCUACCGGAGCAUCACCGACGAGGAGUUCGAUCCGAUCGAGUUCCUGGAAGGGGUGGACCUGUCGACGGAGCACAAGGUGCUUGAUCUCAAGAACCGCAUCGAGGCCUCCACCAUCAUCUGGAAGCGCAAGAUGCAGACCAAGGACGCCAAGUCCUCCUGGGGUUCCAUCAUCAGCUUCGAGAAGCGCGAGCAGUUCGAGGAGCGCGCCGAGACCAUCCUCCACCUCCUCAAGCUUCAGUUCCCCGGAGCCCCACAGUCACAGCUCGACAUCUCCAAGAUCCAAUACAACAGGGAUGUUGGUUACGCGCUCCUGGAGAGCUACUCGCGCGUCCUAGAGAGCCUGGCGUAUAGCGUGAUCUCGAGGAUCGAGGACGUGCUGGGUGCGGACGCGGCGGCCACGAACCUGACGGCGAGCGAGGCGGCUCGGAGGCAGCUGGAGAUGAACGCGCCAAGGAAGCUGGACGCCAGGGAGGAGCUGGAGAAGCUCAACGAGGCGCCGGCGUCCAUGACGCUCUACGACUUCAUGGGAUGGCACUUCGACCAGGACGAGCUCAUGAGGAAGAAGGAGGGGGGCACGCUCGACGAGGCCGGCGAGGCCAUGCUGCUCAAGAAGGCGCCAAGCCUCGCCCCCAAGAAGUUCUCCUACGUGGACAGCCUCACCGGCGGCAAAGUUGUCAUAAAUGCUCCCACCAGUGAUGAACGGGCUCUGGUUUAUGGAAACCAUGAGACCGAGGCAUGGGGAAAGCCGAAGGGAGAGAGCCUUGGUGAACAACUUCGCAAGGAGGUGGAUGAGGUUCAUGGGGAAAAAGUCAAAGAGGGUCUUGGCAUCAACAUGGGAGAGUGA